AGUAUCCGCGUUCAUGCUUACCAAAUUGAGGAGAUUAGCCGGAUACGCACCUCCGCGGUCUUUGUAAUUACUAAUUACACAGAUCACACUUCACAGAUGUCCACCUUCAUAGUAGUAGUUCAUACGUUGCUUCCUUUCUAAUUGCCUACUGUCAUAGUGUCAUCUAAUAAUCGCUUUGUUGAACCAUUCAAUUUCUGAUAUGCUCUCUCAUUUCAUCAUUUACAUUCCAAGAAGGCAAAAAUUCCACUCAAUUUCUUCAUUUCCGUAGUUUUACGAGGGUUUCAUCACUUUAAUGGCUCUCACGAAUCAAUUUGACAUCGAACAACUGCUCCUUGAAGCUCAACAUCGAUGGCUGCGGACACCUGAAAUUUGUGAGAUUCUUCGGAAUUAUGAGAAUUUUAAUGUUGCCCCAGAGCCUCCGAAAAAACCUUCCAGUGGCUCACUCUUCUUGUUUGACAGAAAGGUACUGAGAUACUUUAGGAAGGAUGGUCAUAGUUGGAGGAAGAAAAAGGAUGGAAAGUCAAUUAAAGAGGCUCACGAGAGGCUGAAGAUUGGAAGUGUCGAUGUGCUGCACUGCUACUAUGCCCACGGGGAAGAGAAUGAAAAUUUUCAAAGAAGAAGUUAUUGGAUGCUAGAAGAGGAGCUCUCGCACAUUGUCCUUGUUCACUAUAGGGAAGUGAAGGGCUAUAGGACAAAUAUAAACCGCUCUAAAGAGACUGAAGAAGCUAUUAUGAAUGCCCCGGAAGUUGAACAAAUUAUAUGCAAUUCUGAAGCUGAUAGUUCCAUGAAUUCGGAUCUGCAACAAAAUAGUUGUCAGAUGCUUUCUCAAAACACUGAUAGUAGAAGCCUCAACAGUGGUCAGGCAUCAGAUUAUGGAGAUGCUGAGUCAGGCAGUUAUCAAGCAAAGUCAACCACCUCCUCUCUGGAGAUUGAUGAAGAUAGACAAUCACAAAAACAUCAAAAAGAGCUGUGGGGAUGGCAGGAUGUUUUGGAGAGUCAUAAUGCCAGAGUGGAAUCUGCAUCAGUAAAACCCUCUAUUUUCAAUGGACAUUCAAAUUCUGUCCAUGUCAUACCUAAACAAGAAAAUAUGCUUGGAAAGUAUUUCUUAACAGACCCCUUCCGUGAAAGCCAGGCAUUUACAGAUCCUUCUCAAUGCCCAGAAGAAUGGCAGGUGUCUGCUGACAAUGCAAUGCAUUUGGGCUCUGCUUGUAAAAUGAAAGAUGCUAUUACGCCAAAGUUACAUGAAUACCUUGCAACUGAUAGUAUGUGCGGGGAUGGACAGACUAUGCAUGGUAUGGGUCAUCUACAAACCCAGUCCUCUGUUGCAGCGUGCAAGAAAGAUAUAUCAGAUGUAGAGAGCAAUCUGACUGUUGAGAAAAAGUCCAGCCACUUCUCUGCUACAGGAAUUCUAUUAGAUAGAUCCGUCAAAGACAAAGUUUUAAAUAAGAGUGACAGCUUCAGCCGGUGGAUGUGCAAAGAGUUGGGUGAUGUGGAGCCAGUCAUGCUGUCCUCUGGUGCAUACUGGGAUGCUGAUGACAAACGAAACAAUUGUCCCAUUCUUCCUCCAGCUAAGUUGGACUCUUACACGCUUAGCCCCUCACUUGCUCAAGAACAGAUUUUUAGGAUUGCUGAUUUUGCUCCAAAUUGGAGUUAUGCAGGCUCUGAAACUAAGGUUUUAAUUACUGGGAAGUUCUUGAAGACUCAUCCAGAUGCAAGAAAAUGUCGUUGGUCAUGUAUGUUUGGUGAAGUGGAAGUACCAGCUGAGGUUAUAGCUGACGGUGUCCUACGUUGCUAUGCACCACCACAUGGUGUGGCUAGAGUUCCAUUUUAUGUUACAUGUUCCAAUAGAUUAGCUUGUAGUCAAGUGAGGGAGUUCGAAUACCGAAAUAAAUUUAUGCAUGGAUUUGAUAUGACCUCUUUGAGCAACAGAUCUGAUGUCCUUCAGAUAAGAUUUUUCAAUUUGUUGUCAUUGGGUUCAAGCUAUUGUGAAAAUAAGCUGCUGAGCAACCGGGAUAGUAGCUCCGAUCUGCAUCAUGAAAUCACUUCAUUGCUUAAAGGAAGUAACAGUGAGUGGUUCCAGAUACUGGAACUUUCUUCCAAAGAGGAAUCAUCUCCGAGUGGAGUGAAAGAUAGGCUGGCUGAAAAGCUUCUGAAAGAGAAGUUGUGUGAGUGGCUUCUAUGUAAGGAAGCUGAAGGUGGAUAUGGUCCCCGUGGUUUGGAUGAGAAUGGCCAGGGUGUGCUACAUUUUGCUGCUGCUCUUGGCUAUGACUGGGCCAUUUCCCCAACUAUAGCUGCCGGUGUGAGUAUCAACUUCCGCGAUGUGCGUGGAUGGACUGCACUGCAUUGGGCAGCAUAUUAUGGCAGGGAGCGUACAGUUGUUUAUCUCAUCUCUCUGGGUGCGUCUCCUGGCGCAUUAACAGAUCCUACCCCGACAUAUCCAAUGGGAAGAACAUCUGCUGACUUGGCUUCAGAGAAUGGCCAUAAAGGGAUUGCUGGCUUUCUGGCUGAAUCAGCCUUGAGUGCCCAUCUUAAAUGUUUAACUUUGAAGGAGAAACUUAAACAGGAUAGUGCAGUAGACUCACCUGGGAUGACAUCGGUAUUAACUGCCUCAGAGCGGGUUCCUACCCAGGUUAGCAGUGGAGAUGAUCAUGGACUAUCAUUGAAGGACUCGUUAGCAGCUCUUUGCAAUGCCACUCAAGCUGCUGCACGAAUUCAUCAAGUCUACAGGUCACAUUCUUUUAAGAGGAAACAGAUGAGAGAGUUUGGUAAUGAUAAAAUGGAAUCGGAAGAAUAUGCUCUCUCGGUAAUUACUUUGAAAUCCCACAAACAGGUCCAUCAUGAUGAGCCAGUGCAUGCUGCUGCCAUUAGAAUCCAAAAUAAAUUUCGAGGUUGGAAAGGAAGGAAAGAGUUUCUUACACUCAGGCAGCAGAUUGUCAAAAUCCAGGCACAUGUUCGAGGACACCAGGUAAGGAAGCACUAUAAAAAGUUUGUAUGGUCGGUGGGCAUCAUGGAGAAGGCAAUUCUUCGUUGGAGAAGAAAAAGAAGUGGAUUACGGGGGUUUAAAUCCGAGUCACUGACUGUAAAACCAGAAUUUGAGGGCACAUCUUCAAAGGCAGAUGACUAUGAUUUUCUCAAGGAAGGUAGGAAGCAAGCUGAAGAAAGGCUACAGAAAGCUUUAUCCAGGGUAAAGUCAAUGGUCAAAUAUCCAGAGGCAAGAGACCAGUACCGCAGGCUGCUUACGACUGUGACAGAGAUCAAGGAGAUGAAGGAUGGAUGUAGUGGUGCUAUUGAUGGGCCGGAUGCAGCAGCAUCUAUGGAUGAUGACAUGGUUGAUCUUGAUACAUUGCUGAAUGAUGACACUAUGCCAUAGGAAAAAAGCAACAGACAUCUCUAUUCUCUUCUAGCGAGUCUAAAUACCUAAUUGAUAUGCAUGUAACAAGUAUGAUAAUGACUAAAAUGUCCUUUUUCAAUCAACAAGGGCAUAGGGUAUUAUUUUGUCAUAAUCAUAAAGGGUAUUCUAGUCAUUGCCUUUACGUACAGUAAGUAACUGGCAUGAGAUUAUUAUUUGAUAUUUUUUCCUCCUCUAACAUAGGUUAUUAGGUUGAUCUCUUACCAUCAAUUGUUGUAUAGCUCCUCGUUGAGGGUUAGGGUUAUCUGUAUAGUUUACUAAUAUCCAAUUAGGUUACUUGAGUAUAUGAAAUACCAUAUAUCACAUUUUAUCA